AUGUCAGGACGACCUUCAACGCCGCCCGCCGCUGUCAAAAAGCCCGGCGUUCUGCCCAGAUCACCACUGACACCAGAGCAAGUUAAGCAAAUCGAAAUCAAUCGCCUCAAAGCCAAAGCCCUUCGCGAACAGUCCGAAGCCUCAAGACAGAAUGGUCCACCUUCACUCAAACGCUCUGGCAGCAGCAACAUCGCAGCAGGACAGAAGCGCCCCUAUUCUGCAAUCACUCCUUCGAAUCUCCCUUCUACAGUCCGUGAUGCCCGUAACGCGACGCCUGUCACCAAAGAUGGCGCCCCAGGCAAACCCAACCGUCCUCUCGACGACAUUCAACCCUCCCGUACCCUGGCAAAGAACUACAUUGAAUACGAUUUCUCCAAGAUGACAGACACUAAAGGCGGAUUCAUGACCGCUGAAGACGACCCUCACAAUAAAGCCCUGCACACACCUUCCAUGGACGAAAAACCUGCACACAUGACCAUGAAAGAGUGGGAGCGCCACCAACUCCUCCGCAAACUACGAGAUCAGAAAACCGGCCCCUUCGAGCCCGGACUGUCAGUCCUCAAAGCCGGCGACGAAUCCCAAAAAUGCAGAGAAUGCUCCACCAUGGAGAUCGACUGGAAAUGGCUCGACGUCUUCCGCCUCCCCGUCUGCAAUGCCUGCAAAGAAAAGUAUCCCGACAAAUAUUCCCUCCUCACAAAAACCGAAGCGCGCGAAGACUACCUCCUCACUGACCCGGAGCUGAAAGAUGAGGAGCUACUCCCCUGGCUCGAGCGCCCGAAUCCGCAUAAACACUCUUUCCAUCCUAUGAUGCUGUUCUUGAGGUGUCAGGUCGAGGAUUAUGCAUUUAGUGAGAAGAAGUGGGGUAGUGGGGAGAGGUUGGAUGAGGAGUUUGCGAAACGGGAGGGGGAGAAGAAGAGGAGGAAGGAGAAGGUUUUUAGGGAGCGGUUGAGGGAGUUGAAGAAGAAGACGAGGACGGAAGCGUGGAGGAGGGGGCUUAAAGGGGAAGGGGGAAAGGGGAAAGGGUUUGGGGAGGUGGUCGGGGGUGGGGGAAAGCAUGAACAUGUUUGGGGACGGCCGGUGGAUGGUGAUGAGGGUGUGGGCGUGAAGACUUGUAUAGAGUGUGGGAUGGAGGUUGAAGAGUUGGAGUUUUGA